AUGGUAGUAGCUGUCGCAAAGCGGGUCCUGGGUGACCAAACCGCCUCACAUAAUAAUAAUUUUAAUAGCAUGGCUAGCAAGAAACGAAAACUCGACAUAGCUGGCCCGAGCCAGAACCAGAAGCUCGCGAAACUCUCGCAGGUUAAGUCGUCGUUCGAAGAAGACCUCGGCAGGUUGACACAGGAAAUCGGUGAUCUGAAAGGAGCCAAUGCGGAAACGGACCAGAAAUGGGCUCGUCCGAGUAUGGAUGAUUGGAAACCAAACGAAGCCGAUUUGAUAUUUCAACAAAUUGAUACAGAAGAUGGAUAUUGGAAUGGGAAACCCUGUGUUAGGCUAUUUGGUGUUACUGAGUCAGGGCAUUCCGUCUUACUCCAUGUCACCGAUUUCCUACACUACCUUUAUGUUCAAGCCCCGGUUGGCUUUAAUCAGUCACACAUCCUCCCAUAUCAUGAUUUCUUGGAACAUAGGAUCGGAGCUGGCGGUGCAGAUGUCAUUGCUAGCACUCAGCUUGUGAUGAGAGAGAAUCUCUACGGUUUCCAAGGGAAUCAAAAAUCACCUUACAUCAAAAUCACAGUCACCGAUCCGAAACAUAUCCCUAAAGUCCGGAGAUUCCUGGAAUCGCGUGAAUCUGACUCCAAUUAUGACGGGAUGUGGAAUGGUGUUAGCGGGGGGAUUAUGACAUUUGACAAUAUUCAAUACAUCAUGAGGUUCAUGGUAGACACCAAGAUGUCUGGAAUGUCUUGGGUCGAGGUCAAGAAGGACAAAUACAAAUAUGUCCCAACAGGAGCCAAUAGUAUCCGCUUAGGAUCAGCCCAGAUCGAGGCUUCCUGCCAUUAUAAAGAUCUGAUUACACACCAAGCUGAAGGCGAAUGGUCGAAAAUGGCUCCUCUGCGUGUUCUGUCCUUUGACAUCGAAUGUGCCGGUCGCAAAGGAAUUUUCCCGGAUCCAAAAAUCGACCCUGUUAUUCAGAUCGCAUCAGUUGUCACAAGAUACGGAGACAAGCAACCCUUCAUACGAAAUGUGUUCUGCCUCAAUACCUGUGCUCUCAUCGCAGGUUGCCAGCUCUGUGAAUUCUCAAGGGAAGACCAGAUGUUGCGUGCUUGGACGAAAUUCCUCCAAGAAGUCGACCCCGAUGUUAUAAUUGGCUACAAUAUUGCAAACUUCGAUUUUCCUUAUCUUUUGGAACGCGCAGAAACCUUGAAGGUGAAGGACUUCCCAUUUUGGACCAGACUCAAUGGAACGAAAUCCGAAGCCAGGGCAUCAACAUUUUCUUCAAAGCAAAUGGGAAACAGAGAAUCCAAAACGACCAACACCAACGGCAGAAUCCAAUUGGAUGUUCUCCAGCUUGUUCAGAGGGACUAUCAGCUCAGAAGUUACACUUUGAAUUCUGUCAGUGCCCAUUUCCUCAACGAACAAAAGGAGGAUGUCCACCACACCAUGAUCACCGAACUAUUCAAUGGGACCCCGGAGUCAAGACGUCGUUUGGCCGUCUACUGUCUCAAGGAUGCUUAUUUACCCCAGCGCCUCAUGGAUAAGCUCAUGUGCCUUAUUAACUACGCUGAAAUGGCUCGUGUCACGGGUGUUCCUUUCAACUUCCUUCUAGCACGUGGUCAGCAAGUCAAGUUCUUGUCCCAGCUAUUCCGAAAAGCCGGAGAGCAGUCUCUCGUUGUCCCAAACCGUGAGCAAAAGGUCGGCGGCGGCGGCGACGAAGAGCAGUAUGAAGGUGCUACAGUUAUUGAACCCACCCGUGGCUUUUAUAAAGAACCUGUUGCUACCCUCGAUUUUGCCUCUCUGUACCCGAGUAUUAUGAUGGCGCACAAUCUUUGCUAUACUACGCUAACGAAGCAAGAACAUAUGGAUAAAAUGGGGAUGAAAGAGGGUGAAGAUUACCAUGUUACCCCGACUGGCGAUGUUUUUGUGAACACGAGUGUUAGGAAGGGGUUACUCGUUACCAUUUUUGAGGAUCUUCUGGGGGCCAGAAAACGAGCGAAGAACGAUCUUAAAAACGAAACCGAUCCUUUUAAGAAGGCUGUCUUGAACGGUAGGCAAUUGGCUUUAAAGAUUUCCGCCAAUUCCGUCUACGGUCUUACUGGCGCUACAAAUGGUAAACUGCCAUGUUUGGCCAUUGCUAGUAGUUGUACUAGUUACGGUCGAGAGAUGAUUGAGGCCACUAAAGCCGAAGUAGAGAAGAGAUACACAAUUGCGAACGGGUACUCUCAUGAUGCCCAGGUCAUCUACGGUGAUACCGAUUCCGUCAUGGUUAAAUUUGGGCCAAAAGAUCUGAAAAAAGUCAUGGCGAUGGGCGAAGAAGCCGCUGCGUUCGUUUCCAGCAAGUUUAUCAACCCCAUUAAACUUGAGUUCGAGAAGGUGUACUUUCCAUACCUUUUGAUCAACAAGAAGCGAUAUGCAGGUCUAUAUUGGACAAAUCCGAACAAGUACGACAAAAUGGAUUCGAAGGGGAUUGAAACUGUUCGAAGAGAUAACUGUCGACUUGUGCAGACGGUUAUCGAAACGGUUUUGAAGAAAAUCCUAAUUGACCAAGACGAAGACGGAGCACAGGCGUACGUUAAGGAUAUGAUAUCAGAUCUAUUGCAAAAUAAAGUCGAUAUGUCGAAUUUGGUGAUUACAAAGGCGCUAUCGAAGGAGGAGUAUGCAGCAAAACAGGCUCACGUGGAGCUUGCUGAAAGAAUGAGGAAAAGAGACGCCGGUUCUGCGCCAACUCUAGGGGACCGUGUCGCCUAUGUCAUUGUGAAGGGAGCAGGAGGCGCGAAGAAUUACGAGAAGUCCGAGGACCCGAUUUACGUACUAGAGCACAAUGUCCCCAUCGACACGAAAUAUUAUCUUGAGCAACAACUAGCGAAACCCUUGCACAGAAUUUUCGAGCCCAUCCUUGGGGCAAAAAGGGCGGACCAGUUGCUUACUGGUGAUCACACAAGAACGAUUUCAGUUGCUGCACCAACUAUGGGCGGGUUGAUGAAGUUUGCAAAGAAGACGCAGACAUGUAUGGGAUGCAAGACCCCUUUGACAAGGAAAGAUGAGGCAGGUGGUGCUGUUUGUCAUAGCUGCCAGGAUCGCAGUGCGGAACUUUACCAGAAAACCCUCUCCAAAGUUUCUGACCUGGAAGUGAGGUUUGGAAGAUUAUGGACCCAGUGCCAGAGAUGCCAAGGAUCGCUUCAUUGCGAAGUUAUCUGCAGCAGCAGGGAUUGUCCGAUCUUCUACAUGAGGAUGAAAGCCAAGAAGGAGGUUGAAGAAAUGGGCAAAGAGUUAAAACGGUUUGAUUAUGGGUUAUCGGCGUGGUAA